CUGUAUCAUCUAUCAUCAUCAUCUUAUAUUAUCAUUCUCUUUGAUUCACCGGACGACCAUGUCGCGCCAUUCCGUACCCAGACAAAUCGGAAACUAUUGGCUGGAGGAGUGCUUGGGCUCGGGCUACUCUGGCUCCAUCUUCAAGGCUGUCCAUAUUCACAGCGGCACACGAGUAGCCCUCAAAAUCCAAGACGUCGACCAUGAGUGCCCGACCAACCGAUAUGAGCGUCACAUAUAUCCGCAUCUGCAGGGAGGAGAGGGAAUGCCUACACUAUGGGCUUCGGGAGUAGAGGGUAAAUGGGACUAUCUUGUCAUCGAUCUACUGGGUACGAGCUUGGAGAAGGUACACAAGAGCAGUGGAAAGCCAUCUAUGGACCUUCGGAGUGUAUGCGCGAUCGCGGUACAGUUGAUUGGCCUAUUAGAGACGAUGCACAACCGAGGCGUCUUGCAUCGUGAUAUCCAGCUUGGCAACUGCGUCCUCGGCCUCGCUCCGAAACAUACGCGAAUAUACAUGAUCGACUUCGGCUUCUCGAAACAGUACAUCGAUCCGCACACCCACCGACACAUACCAGACAGCAAGGAGAAGCGCGACUUCCUGGGCAACUAUUGGUUCACCUCGGUGAAUGUACACUGCCGUGGCAAAGUACCCUCUCGCCGUGAUGAUCUCGAAGCAGCAGCCCUGAUGCUCAUCCAUCUCUUGACGCCUUACGGUUUGCCAUGGACGAGAAACGGCGUGCCCAAGACAGACUAUGCCCACAACAAGAUUAAACGAGCCAAGAAGAGCGCAUUGCCUGAGGAUCUGUGCCAGGGGAUACCGCAAGAGUUCGAGGACUUCCUUCGAUACUGCCGACGGCUGAAGUUCUAUGAGUGCCCAGACUACAAGCAGUGGAUCGGCGCCUUCAAGGACCUCGCCCAGGAUAAAGGGUUUGGAAGCGUGGACGAGUUCAUCUGGCCACCGCCUCCUCUCCCCACGCCGAUUAUAUCGGCACAGGCUCGCAUCCGGAAGUCAAAGAGUCCCGGUUUCACCGAUGCCCAAAUCGAGGAGGCGCUUAAUGGACUGGCCAAUCUGAAGCUUACGAACCGCCCGAUCUUGGGGGAGAAGACCAAUAUUCAGCAAGGUUCCGGAAAGAGCGAUGCACAGCGGAAGAAGGCGAAGGAGAUCAUCGAGCUCAGCAGCGAUGACGAGGAUUCCUCGGGCCAAUUGCCGCCUACGCGCAUGGGCAAAGCGAUGGAGCUGCAGCGGUUCACGAAGACUGUCAGCAAUGCAACCGACAACCAGGCUCUGGCCGACGUGGUCAGGCAGUUUUCCAAGUUCCACCAGACCAAUCGAUCGCGUACGCUCACAAAGGAAGGAUUCGCAUUCCUCGACGCCCUGCACAGGCAGCUCGCGGAUCCAUCCGUCUAUGUGAUACCACGGCGCACGUCACGCAACGAUAGUCAGAACUCGCAAGUCGUCGGGGUCAGCGAUAAGCUGAUUGCCAUCGCGAGCUUGAGACGUCAAGUGGCGAUUGUUGCGGACAAACGCGCGCUGGCGAAGAUGGUCGCCGAUUUCUCGACAAUUACAAGUCGCACCACGUCUCGGACGAUCACCAAGGACGGGUUGGCGUUCCUAGAUGGGGUUGCGGAUCGAUUGCAGGCACUUGGCUAAUUGUCUGGGGUGGUCUUUUGGGGAGGCCGUCGCUCGCGCUCGGGAGUCGUUCUCUGAACCAGGCGCCGAGGACCGUGUGAGGACUUUUCUUGGUUCCCGUAAACUUCCGUACAUAGCUAUUUUUCUAGUUAUCGAUAUCAUAUUUGCUAGUACUCGCUAUGUAUUUGCUAUCGAC